ACCUUUUUUUUUUUUUUUUGCUUUACAUGAAAAUUAUUAAUGAGAUACUUAAUACAACUCAGCUCUGAGUCACUCUCAUCUUCCAAUAUUAUGCUGAGUUUAGAUUAGAAGAAAACGCAAUCUUUUGUCCGAACUCUCAAGCAAACAGUGCCUAAAUAUAUCCUUUACUUAAAAAAAAAAACUUUUUUCGAAGAAAAUUUUAAGCAAAAAAAGUAACGCCGGAGAAUUAUGAUCGGCAGGAGGAUUUUACAAAAGAGAACCUGGAACAACGGUCGGCGAUGGCUUUGUCCUCACAUGUCUUCACCUUCAUCUCCGGUGCCGGCGGUAGAGCCGGCGGAGGAGUGCAAACGUCACUUCUCCAACUGCGUUAAUACGGCGUUUUCAUUAAGCAAUAAGCCUCGCAGUUUCAAUAUUCCAUAUUUGGUAAAUAGAUGUCAGUUUUCGAGUAAUGCUGUGGCUGAUCUUCCUAUGAAUGGAAUGGUUGAUGUGCCAUUGGCACAAACCGGCGAAGGUAUUGCUGAAUGCGAACUUCUUAAGUGGUUUGUUCAAGAGGGUGAUGAAGUUGAAGAGUUUCAACCACUUUGUGAAGUUCAAAGCGACAAAGCAACGAUUGAAAUUACAAGUCGUUACAAAGGGAGAGUUGCUUACAUUCUCCAUGUUCCUGGUAGCAUCGUAAAGGUUGGAGAAACUCUUCUUAAGAUGGCUGUUGAGGAAACUCAGGUUCCACUAAUAAUCAUCCAUAAUUUGGAAAAUGCAAAACAAGUUGAUGCUAAACUGAACAAAGAAAGUACUGUCGAAGCCCUAUCCACACCCGCUGUUCGGAACCUUGCAAAAGAACAUGGUAUAAACAUAAAUGAUGUCCAAGGAAGUGGAAAAGAUGGCAGGGUAUUGAAAGAAGAUGUGCUUAAAUUUGCGAUCCAGAAAGGCAUCAUCAAAGAACCAUCAGUUACUGCUAGUGCUGAUCUUGGAAAGCUGUUACAUGUAGAAAAUAAUUCUUCACAAGUGUCAGCUCAAGUGGCAGGGAACUAUGAAGAUACAAUAGUUCCCCUAAGGGGAUUCCAGCGAACAAUGGUUAAAACAAUGUCUGUGGCUGCCAAAGUUCCACAUUUUCAUUAUGUAGAAGAGAUUAACUGUGAUACACUUGUAGAACUUAAAGCAUCUUUUCAAACAAACAAUACUGAGCCUGGUUCCCAUAACAUUGGAAUUGCCAUGGCCACUCCAUACGGCUUAGUGGUGCCAAACAUAAAGAAUGUUCAGUCUCUUUCUAUCUUGGAGAUAACCAAGGAACUUUCGCGGUUACAACAACUGGCACUGGACAACAAGCUAAGUCCAACCGACAUAUCUGGUGGAACAAUAACACUAAGCAAUAUCGGAGCCAUCGGUGGAAAGUUUGGUGCCCCAAUUCUCAACUUGCCUGAAGUAGCCAUCAUUGCAAUGGGUAGAAUACAGAAACUUCCACAAUUGGCAGAUGAUGGAAAUGUUUAUCCUGCCUCAAUCAUGACUAUUAACAUCGGUGCAGAUCACAGAGUUCUGGAUGGAGCAACAGUUGCAAGAUUUUGCAACGAAUGGAAACAGUUUAUUGAAAAACCAGAGCUCCUCAUGUUGCAUAUGAAAUGACUACUAGGCUUUGACAAUGUAUCAGCCUUCUCUUCCUUAACUGUUGUUUCUAAGGGUAAAUUAAUGCCCUUGUUGUAGUAGCGAUUAGCGAAACCUCAAUUCAGAGCCCAUAAUUUUUUUUUCUUUCAAUAAAAUAGAUUGAAGGCAGAUAUGAGCAGUAAUGUUCUUUAUGUUAAUUUAAUUAGGGUUACAAAUAUUUUAAUUAGGCACAAAAUAUCUGAAAAUUCUAUCAUCAUUUUACCUUUUAAUUUAUAUGUUAAUUUAUUCCCACUUAUUAUUUUAUUGCCACCUCUCA